AUGGACUUGGAGGUCAAGGGAGCAAGGAAGAAGAGAGUGGUGUGCGGCCAACCUAAGAUUAAGUGGGGAGACUUAACUAAGGGAAAGGUUCAGGAGUUGAGAGAGAAGCUGUUGGCUAUGGGGCGUAUUAAGUGCGAGGAGGUUGAUGUGGCAAUACGGAAGAUGAGCAUGGGUAAGGCAACUGGGCCUGGCGAGAUCACGGUGGAAUUUUGGAAGAGGAGGGGAAGGUCAACUAUAGAAGCUAUUCACCUUGUGAGACGAUUGGUGGAGCAGCAUAGGGAGAGGAAAAAAGACUUACACAUGGUGUUCAUUGACCUUGAGAAAGCCUAUGAUAAAGUCCCGAUGAAGGUGCUAUGGAGAUGUUUGGAGGUUAGCGGAGUCCCGAUAGCAUCCAUUAGGGUGAUUAAGGACAUGUACAAAGGUGCUAAGACUCGGGUAAGGACUGCGGGAGGAGAUUCAAAACAUUUCCCUAUGGAGAUGGGGUUGCAUCAGGAUCAACCCUUAGCUCGUUUUUGUUUGCCCUCCGUUGGAUAUGCUGAUGCAACACAUAUAAGGGAGAGUUCAAUAGUUGAUGAGAGGCAUGAAGAAGAAGUGGAAGUAAUGAUUGAUACUCAAGUCAUUCCCAAAAGAGAUAGUUUCAAGUAUCUUGGGUCUAUAAUCCAAGGUGAGGGGGAAAUUGACGAGAAUUUUACUCACCGCAUUGGAGCGGGUUGGAUGAGAUGGAGGCUAGCUUCAGGGGUUUUAUGCAACAAGAAUGUGCCGCCUAGACUUAAGAGCAAAUUCUAUAGGGUGGUGGUUAGAUUGGCUAUGUUGUACGGAGUUGAGUGUUGGCCCGUCAAGAAGUCCCAUGUCCAGAAGAUGAGCGUAGCUGAGAUGAGUAUGUUGAGAUGGAUGUGUGGACAUACUAGGAAAGACAAGAUUAGGAAUAAAGUUAUUAGGGACAAGGUGGGAGUGACAUCUAUGGAAGACAAGUUGCGGGAAUCGAGGCACAUGAUUAUAUGA